GACACAGGGUCUCCAAUCAGCGAAUCCCAGGCUGUCGAUUUCAAGUCCCACACUCGGUUUUGGUUGGGCAUUUCUCUUUCUCUUUCUCUUCUCUCUCGCCAACCCCAAACACCAUACCCACCAAUCACAACUCAACAACUUUGACCUCUCCUUUUCACUCUCUUCCCUCUACUUGUUCCUGUUCCAUAGAUCCCUGUCCUUCAACUCAAUCACUACAAAGAGAAACAGCUACCCUCUGCUCUUCACUCCUUUCACGCUCUCACCUCUUCUUUUCUUUCAUCUUCUUCAGCUCUGCAACGCCGCUUUUAUCUGGUUUCCUCUAUUGGGUAUUGGGUUUUGCAUCAACUUUCAUUUUUUCUGUGUAAAAAAAUCUCACUUUCCUGAAACUUGAUCUGGGUUUUUCUUUUUCCUUUCUGUGUGAUCUUUGUGGCUUUGAAUCUGAUAUGGGGUUCUAGGGUUUAUGCUUGACAAUCCAAGAUCUAAUCUUUUCAAAUUGCUUAUUCCACUUCCCUCUUGUUUUGGAAAGUUUUCCUCUUUUUUGGAUUCCUCAACUUAAAGCACACUGAGAUUCUCCCUUUCAAAUGCUACUCCUUGAUUAAUUCAUUAAAAACCUCCACUUCUCUGCAUUUCCUAUCUGGGUUCUCUCUCUGUUUGAGCUACUUAUCAAAGAGAAAAGAGAGAGACCAAAGCUACUCCAUUACUUUCCUUUCCUAUGCUUUUCAAUCCAACACUACUGUAAGAGCCAACAUGUAUAGGGGAAUUGAAGUUCUAUCUCCAGCCUCUUAUAUUCAAAACUCAAAUUGGUUAUUCCAAGAAAGCAAAGGAGCCGAGUGGACCGCAGAGGAGAACAAGCGAUUUGAGAAUGCUCUUGCUCUUUAUGAUAAGGACACCCCUGAUCGAUGGCAAAAGGUGGCUUAUUUGAUCCCUGGAAAGACCGUUGGCGAUGUGAUCAAGCAGUACAAGGAGUUGGAGGAAGAUGUGAGUGAUAUUGAGGCUGGUCUUAUCCCAAUUCCUGGGUAUUCUAAUAAUAAUUCUUUCACAUUGGAGUGGGUUGAUGAUCAAGGCUUCGAUGGAUUGAAGCAAUAUUAUAGUGUUGGUGGGAAUGGUGGCAAGAGAGGCUCGUCGACUCGGCCGUCUGAGCAGGAAAGAAAGAAAGGUGUGCCAUGGACUGAAGAAGAGCACAGGCAAUUUCUGAUGGGACUUAAAAAGUAUGGUAAAGGUGACUGGAGAAAUAUCUCAAGAAAUUUUGUGACCACUAGGACACCAACUCAAGUAGCCAGUCAUGCUCAAAAGUACUAUAUCAGGCAACUCACAGGAGGCAAAGACAAGAGAAGGUCUAGCAUCCACGACAUCACAACCGUUAAUGUGUCAGAUACCAAAUCUGGAUCAGUAGGGAGUAGCCAGAGUACUACUAGAAGCUCAACGUCACAAGAUCAUGAGUCUGCAGUUGUGGUUCAGUCACAGCAACAUCCAAAGAUGAGUAAUAAGCAGCAAUUUGACUGGAAAGUGUCGAAUGAGGGACCGCAGAUGGUCUUCAAUUCGAUGAAUGGGAAUGCGAUCAUUGGACCUUUCAUCGGCAUUUCUUCACCUGUACCUAAGCUUGAGGAGCAAGAUUUCUUCAGUGGCAGUACCUUUCAUGGAUCUCAGUUUGAUCAUCACAAUGCGCGUUUCGAGAUGCAAUAUCAGUGAAGCUAGCUAUAUCACCAAUAUGUAUCCAUAGAUUGGAGGUUGGAGUGCUAGAGGGUAUCAUAUUGCCACAGUCUUGGUUGAGUGAGAUUUCAGAUUGGUCGAUCAAUCUACGCAGCUACAUUUUGUCUUAUGGACUUUGAUUGAGCUAGUCCGUAGUGUUAGACAGUACAGAGAGAGCGCUUAAUUACUUCUUCUUGUGAUUUGAGAUAAAUCAAAUUCUGAGGUGUUGAGGCUGUGUAUCUAAAGCUUGAGCUUUCUAUCACUUGUGAUGUUCUGGUUGUAUGCUUAAUAUGUGUUUCAGAUGGGAUUGUUGAGAAUAGUAAGAAGAUGGUUCAGAUUGAGUUUUGCA